AAAAUGCGCCCUUCAUUUGUGCAAAGGGCGCUCCUGGCGCUCGGCUUGGCUACUUUCGUGACUGCGGCGGUCGUUCCGAGUGAACCGAAUGUAAAGGCGACAGCGACAUGGCCCGAAGGGAAUCCAUUUGGUCUGGUUGUGAACGGCCAGAAGAACGAGAUGUCCGUAGCGGUCGAGAAUGCUUCGCCGAACAACAUCUCGCUCGUCUCCAUCGGCGGGUCCUUCCAUGACGCUGUCUCCGAGGCCUUCCUACGCAACACAACUGCGCGCAGUGUAGCGGGCGUCAUCGUCCCUUCCGGUGCUAAGCUCCAGCUGCCCUACGUCUUCCACAGCGAGUUCAAGCCCAAGGACCUCAAGCUUCACGUCUGGCUCGACUAUCUCGACGGUGAAAACGAAUCGCGCGCAACGGCCUUCGAAGGCAUCGUAACGAUCACCGAGCCACCCUCGUCUAUCUUUGACCUGCAGAUGUGGGGCACCUACCUCCUCCUACUGGCUCUGGUCGCUGGUGGGGGAUACUGGGCAUACCAGUCCUAUUUCCCGCAGAAGAAGCGCGGCUCUCGGUCUUCUUCCAAGCCUAAGCCUAAGCCUGCGGACGUUUCUUCCCCGGUUGGGACGGUCAAAGUAAGCAGCGGAGGGGGAACGUACGAGGAAGAAUGGAUCCCGAAACAUCAUCUGAAGAGUGGAAAGAAGGAGAAGACUGAGGGUGGCGCUGCGAGUGGUCCUGAGAGCGGGGCGGAGAGUGAGGGCGCGAAGAAGAGGAGGAGCUCCAAGAGGAAGUGAGUGAUGAGGACAUGAGUAAGGAUGUGUUGGAUGCGGUUAGGAUGUUCGAGGGUGUCUGCGGGGGUUCCUUCUUAGCGACUACACUUUUUUGAGCCCAGUACAUGCCUCGUCUUAUUCUACCAUCACCACCGACCCAAAAUAAUCAGAGAUCAUUU